CAAUUUCAUUAAAACUGUGAAAGAGUGACAUGUGUGUGUGUGUGUGUGUGAGAGAAAAAGAAUGAGCUUGCAAAAUAUUACACAGGAAUGUAAAAUUCCAAGUCACAGAUUUAUUUUUAUUUUUAUGACUGACUUGUUUUUGCAUUGACAGGGACUGAAACAAGUCCAUUUUGUGGAUUAAUAGAUUAAGUGGACAUUAUGGCGACGAAGCAGAAAGAAAUAAAGACGGAUGAGGCCCCUAAGAUUGAACUCUUUGUUAAGGCCAGUGUCGAUGGUGAGAGUGUGGGGAACUGUCCUUUCAGUCAGAGACUCUUCAUGAUUCUUUGGUUGAAAGGGGUCAACUUUACCCUCACCACUGUGGACAUGAAGAGGGCACCUGAUGUGCUGAAGGCUCUGGCUCCAGGCUCUCAGCCUCCGUUCCUCCUCUACAACGAUGACGUCAAAACAGACAUUAACAAGAUUGAGGAGUUCCUGGAGGAAAAGUUAGCCCCACCACAGUUUCCAAAGUUGUGCUGUCGAUACAAAGAGUCCAACGGUGCUGGUGACGACAUCUUCCGAAAUUUCUCAGGAUAUAUAAAAAAUCCUAGUCCUGGAAAAAAUGAACGGGUAGAGAAAAAAUUUCUGUCAACUCUGGUUAAACUGAACAUGUACCUAGAGACUCCUCUCCCCCAUGAACUGGACCAGAACCCGAAUCUCACUGGGUCUUCACGCCGCUACCUGGAUGGUGACACCCUCACCUUGGCAGACUGCAACUUGCUUCCCAAACUCAAUAUUGUCAAGGUGGUGUGCAAGAAGUACCGCGACUUUGACAUCCCUGCAGAGCUUAAAGGUCUGACACGUUACCUGGAUAAUGCCUACAAACGAGAUGAGUUUUGUUACACCUGCCCAAAGGACUCAGAGAUCUUCUCUCCCUACCAAUCUGUGGCAAAGUACCUGAAAUAAAGCAGUACAAGUGAGAACAAAGAAGAAUAGAGUGGGUAAUGCAGGGAACAACAGAAAAAGGUGACAAAAUGUCUGAAAACUGUACAUGAUUUAUGUUUAUUUGUGUCAAAAUGAGAGUCUGGAUAAUGAAAAUUGUUUCCAGUGGCAUGUUCAAUAAUUUGCUUUCGUUAAAAAGUAUUGUUGUUUUCAUCAACUGGGUUUCAAUUUGCCAAGUGCUACUUCAAAGUUGCUUAAAAUUUGUAUUUGUAUUCAUACUGUGGCAUACCCUGGUUGUUUCUUAUGUAGAUUUCUUAUUUAACACCAGCAUGAGAACGAAAGCACUGUAAAUCCCAGAAAAUAUUUAUGUUAUGUUUUGUUGUGCAUGCAUAUAUUGUGUCUAAUACAUACAUGAUGUUGAUUGCAAUUUAUUAAUGACAUGUUGAUAUUAAAUCAGAUGCAACUUUAGAUUAAAUAUCAUAUGUUGGCUGUAGAUAAGGCAGAUUCCAAUGCUAUUCUUUGCUUUUAAAGUGUCUUUUAAUGGUAGGUUUUUAAACUAAAAAGGAACAUAAAUGAGAAAUCUUUUUCGUCACCCUAAUCAUUGUUUACAGUCUGUUUUUUUUAUUCGUUUUGUGUGUGUAAAUGACUUCAUGCGUCUCAGUAGUGACUCAGUUGUUUGACAUAAAUGUAAUCUAACUGAAUGAGGACAGGGUGAAGAGAAACAUAUAUAUUUUGACAUGUUAUAUAUUAAAGACUAUGUGAAAAAGUUUCAUGUUGGUUGUAUGAAUAUUUGGUGAGUUUGCAAUUAUGUCAUUAAUGUGAAAACAAUGUACAUGUAAAUGUCAGGAAAUAUGUAAU